AUGGCCACUAUCUGCGCGGCAAUCGAGGCUGCCGUGCACACGCGGCCGGUCAACGUGCUGCGCGACGACCCAAAUUUCGACAUCGACGUGGGCAUGCUGUCGGAGCUGGACUUGGAGCCGACAGACCCCCACGUAGUGGCGCAGCAGCGGGAAAUCCGCGAGUUCGACAUGCAGCACGCGCUCGUGGCUGAGUCGUCGGUCUCAGACACGUCGAGCACGGUGUUCACGCGCGACUCUGCGCACACGGCCGCGACGGCGUUCAGCGGCGGCGUGCGCUCGCCGCUGGGCUCUGCCGCGUCGAUCGGCCCGCUCGACGACAUCAUGAACCAAAGCCUUGGCCAGCUGGAGUUCUCGUUCGACGAGCACGGCAACGUGGUCGCCAAUGCGGCGGGCGACGGCGUCGGCGACGUGCUGGACGUCGACCUCGAUUUCGACUUCGAGGGGCCCGUUUUGCCCGAGCAGCCCCAACACCCGGACAGAGACGUGUCCGUGGUGGACCUAGAGACGUCCAAACGGCCGCGCAGCGAUGCCGGACGGCUCAAAUUGCGCAGACUUGUUUGCGACGCUGAGAUCUCGAUUUCCACCGCCAAGAUGAAGGAGGACCGCGAGCGGUACUCGGAGCUGAUGCUUGCCGGCCGCAGUCUGCCGUCUGUAUCGUAUAUGGAUCUUGUUGAUGCAGAGUUGCAAAAAGUGCCGCCGUUCAUGCGAUCGCUGCUGCAUCCAGCAACUGCCACCAACACGUCGCGCCGCUACAGCCGCGCCUCGAGCGUGUCGUCCAUUGAAGAGGCGCGGCGUGCGCUGUCAGGCCAGUCGUCGCGCAGAGGAAGCAUCUCGAGCGCACAUAUUCGGUUCGAAGAGCCGGUCCAGGAGAUGAGCCCCGUGGCGUUCGAGAACGACGACGCGAUGCUCGAUAUCACUUUUGGCGAUGCGUCCGACUCAGGCGGCAAAACCCGUCUGCACAGGUUCUAUGAGUCGCUGGUGGAGGAGUGUCGCGCACACGGUCGCGGGCUGGACGAGAGCGAGCGGUCUGAUCUGAUGCAGAUCAGUUUUGACGCGCUGGCGGGCCCGUGCGCGAGAAAAGCCGCUGUUCAGCAGUUCAGCUACCUUCUCGAACUCUGCUCGAGCAGUAUGGUAUAUUUGGAGCCAAUUGGCACGAACGUGCGGUCCAAAUGGGAGCUGCUUCAGCCGGAAAAUAUCAACAUCGUUGCACAGGUUUGA